AUGAAUUCUUUGGACCAGAAUGGAUCGGUCGUACAAAAAGGGAAAGCAAAUCCUUUUGUAUCUUUGAAUGCAGGAACGAAAAGACUCAUCAACAACAUAUGCAUGAAAAGCCAAAGGAAUAUGAUUAAAUUCGUAGAGAUGGCAGUUUGUAUAACGUCACUAGUCCUAGUUGCGAUUUCAAAUCCGGUCUGGAAUGAAAGGGACAUGGUUUUGCUCGUGUGCUCUGUUGCCUUGCUUGGAUCUUUCGCCUUUUUAGUCAGCUACAUCUUCGCUUUUGAUGAGCUUAUCUCAUCGACUCCAUGGUUCAUAGUUGAAGCCACAUAUGGUAGCGUUUUUGCUGUUGCUUUAUUUACCUGUGCACUAGCCUUCCUCAUCAUAACCUCUUCUCAUUGGGCCGACGUCAAUCCCUUACGGCAAGCAAUAGCUGCUUUCGCUGCUGUCAGGUUCAAUGCUUGUUUGUUCACUACUGCACGUUAUCGAUGUUUUGCUAUUGAUCAUAAAUUGGAAGCGAUAUUCUUGGGAUCCUAA